UACUCCAGCUCCGUCUCUCCGCCUUUACUGCUCCUCCCAGCGGCAUCUGCACUCGCAGCUGGAAGGAAGAACUGAAGCGACCCACGAUCGAUGCCAUUUAGGACGUAUGCAGAAAACGCCCACUUCUUUUGCUACUCAUCUUCACUGGAAAAAGCUGGGACCAUGGUUGUCGUGUGAAAACGGAUCGGUGUGACUCGGAUUGGAAGGACAGACACAGACUCACCCCCCCGCCCCACUCCCUCCCCCCCCAAAAACAAAUCCUGUUCCAGGUGUCAGCUGGGAAAGUGCGCGUGUGUGUGGGUGUGUGUGGGUGUGUGUGGGGAGGUGUGUGUGUGUGUGUGUGUUUGUUUGCUUGCUAGUGUGUGUGUGUGAGUGAGAAAGAAGGCGCGUGUGUUUUCCCGGCCCCGUCUGUAUUUGGAGCGGAGCGUGGCCUGAACAAAUCACAGAAGGACAAUGAGCGAGCUGGAACAGUUGAGGCAGGAAGCCGAGCAACUACGAAAUCAAAUCCGGGAUGCCAGGAAAGCCUGUAGUGACUCCACUCUGUCCCAGAUCACAGCUGGUCUGGACUCGGUGGGCCGGAUACAGAUGCGAACGCGGCGCACUCUCAGGGGCCACCUGGCCAAGAUCUAUGCAAUGCACUGGGGGAGCGACUCCAGGUUACUUGUUAGUGCCUCGCAAGAUGGAAAGCUAAUCAUCUGGGACAGCUACACGACAAACAAGAUGCAUGCCAUCCCGCUGCGUUCUUCCUGGGUGAUGACGUGCGCAUACGCCCCCUCUGGGAACUAUGUGGCCUGCGGAGGCCUGGACAACAUCUGCUCCAUAUACAGCCUGAAGACCCGAGAGGGCAACGUGCGCGUCACCCGAGAGCUACCCGGACACACAGGUUACCUGUCCUGCUGUCGUUUCUUGGACGACAACCAGAUACUGACCAGCUCCGGAGACACCACCUGUGCAUUGUGGGACAUAGAAACAGGCCAGCAGGCCACCAGCUUCACCGGCCACACGGGGGACGUGAUGAGUUUGUCUCUCAGCCCAGACUUCAAGACCUUUGUGUCCGGAGCUUGUGACGCCACGUCCAAGCUGUGGGACAUUCGGGACGGCAUGUGCAGGCAAUCCUUCACGGGCCACGUGUCCGACAUCAACGCCGUCACCUUUUUCCCCAAUGGGAACGCCUUCGGCACCGGCUCGGACGACGCCACCUGCAGGCUGUUUGACCUGCGUGCCGACCAGGAGCUGAUGAUGUACAGCCAUGACAACAUCAUCUGUGGCAUCACCUCAGUGUCCUUCUCCAAGAGCGGCCGACUGCUCCUGGCCGGCUACGAUGACUUCAACUGCAACGUCUGGGACACUCUGAAAGGCGAACGUGCAGGUGUGUUGGCCGGCCACGACAACCGAGUGAGCUGCUUAGGGGUGACAGAAGACGGCAUGGCCGUGGCCACCGGCUCCUGGGACAGUUUCCUGCGGAUCUGGAACUAAACAAUUCUCUUCCUUACCGUAGUCGAUCACUACCCCCCCCCCCCCCCCCCACACACACACACACACACACACACACACAAUUACCUACUCACCCCCCUGAGUUCUCCUCUCUGCUGGGGACCUGCCCACUUGUGAGAAAGUAGCAGCUUUGACAGAAGUGACAGGAGUUUCCCACCCAGCCAUCACACAGGAACCUAAAUAAGAGCCUUUCAGUAGAGUUGCUCAAACAAAAUUAGAGCGAUUAGAGGAAAACGGAAAAGAUAUCACUCCCAUAAAGAUUGUCUGAUAGGGGGCGAUAGAGAGCAUAUUGUGCCGUGACAAACAACAAAUAAGAUGGGCGUCAGUGUGAUAUGUAAUAUGUAAAUGUAUAUAUAAAGACAAUAUAUAUGUAUCACAUUAUGUGUGUAUAUAUGCAUAAUAUAUGCAUAUAUAAUGUAUAUGUGUAUAUUUUUGUAGUUCAUUUCCCACCCUUGAGUAUCUUUUCUUUUUUUAAUUAUAAUUUUAGGGGACUGGAGUAGUUUUAUUUCUAAUGUACAUAUUCACAUUAUUACUUGCCAGACACACCCAUUUUACCCUGUGAGUACCAGAUUGAGUGCCAUACUAUUUAGACACGGUAACGUAUCAUAAUUUAACCUAAAAGCCUAAAAACCUGCUGUUCAAUCAAGCCCUCGUGUCCAGCAACAAGAGGAUUUGACAAGUAAACAAAAAGGAUUUUUAAAAAUAUACAUUGGCCCGGCUAAACUCACUUGUCCCACCAGUAAGUGUGUAUUAUUGUACAGUCAGCAGGCGGAAUUCAUGCAUCUAUCUACAAAGUCACGUGAAUGAGAACACGAACCCCCUGGCAUUCUCCACCACAGUCUUCUCCUUUUUGGAAGGAAACCACCACACUGCUGUGAUGAUGAUUAGAGAGCACGCUUCAAAACCAAACAAGUGGUGUUUUUAGUCUGGAUUCAAGUUUAGCUCCAAUGUAGAAACUGGUGACUUUUAGGCUAAGAUAGAACAUUUGAUUUAACUGGAGGUGCUGCCUUGACCUCUUCUCACAUGGAUUGUGGUUUGAAAUCCUCAACAUGCCUGAAUAUCAACAAAAAAAAAAACCACAUUCAUUCCAUGCGACCGGCUGUGUGAAACGAUGGAUAACCCGACGGUCCUAAAUAGAGGUUUUGCAGCGUGAUGUCUCAGGGUCUGGCCUGUAGAAUCUACUUUUUCGUAGAGGUGAGCAUCUGACAGCGAUGCAGAGCGGGGAGAGCGACGCGUUCCCCCUCAAUCAGAAGCCGUUUUCUACCUGCGACCCCGUAAUGGUGCCGAGGCUUGUGCGGACAAAUGGUAAAGCGGCCUGUCAUCACAGGAGGAUGUCUUGAGGACCAUCAAAAGACAGCAGUGACUGUCUGAGGACUAAAGAAAAGAUGUCUCGCCAUGUCAUUUUGAUUCUUUCCUUUUUUCUUUUUCUUUUUUGGAAGCAAAGGAUCACCGAGUCCUCUUUAUCGUCAACACGGUGUGAACGGAGUGACUGCAUGGAACUGAAAUCAUGUUCGCUGCUCCACAAUCACACCAGUGCCACAACAAGCCUGUAGAAAAAGGAUAAAGAAGAAAAAAAAGGGGGUUUAACAGGUUUUUUUCCAUCACCAAAAACAUGUUAUGAAGUGUUGAAUAUUGCUUGUGAAGAAAGUAUACUUGGUAGACUGAAAUGUACACUUAGUAGAGAGCUAGAGAUGCACUCACAAACUGUAGUACAAAUGUAUACCAUUGAACACGUGACUUAUUUACCCAUAGAAGUGCUGUCUCUGAUUUAGGGUAUUCUCUCAUCACACAUCUUCCUUUUUUUUUUUGUUGGUUCUUCUAAAAAGACUUAAUUAAAAAAAAAAAAAAAGAAUCUACAUAAUGUAUGUGAGUUGGACCUAUACGUCGGCUGUCUCGGGUGCCUAUCUCUGAAUAUACACGUUUGACCCACACGGGCUGGAUGAAGGAGGGUUUGUGCUCCUGUGAGACGUGGCACUAUUGUCUCCCAUUCUGCCUUACGAUGCCAUUCAUAACAGCACGGACCCGUCGUGUGUUCCUCUUAAACGCUGAUCAACAAGAGUGAUCGCUCAUUUUUUAUUUUCCCCAAUAGAAGCACAUUCUGAUACUAGUGAACACUAAAAAGAAAUGCUUACAGAACACCGUGCAAACACAUGCAGCUCCAUAGUGCUUCAUCGAGCUUUUUAUACAAUUCUGCUUUCUACUUCCACCGCACGCUACCACCUGUAGUAUUUAUUUAGGUUCAAUCUGCUAUCAGUGACACCUCUCUAAGGCCUACCGUGAUUCUACUUUCCUUUUUAUGUUCUUGAAUGUUUUAGCUGCAACUACUUUGCAUUGAAUAAUCCAUUUUGAGAGAAUGUCAAUAAUAGUUUUUAGUGUGAGAAUCUCUUUGAGGUGUGUAGGAUGUGAUAUGUAUCGCAUAUCAGUGUGUGUGUGGGGGGGGCGCAGAUGUAUGUGGAUAACAUAGAUCUAAUUGUGACUUCCUCUUUUGUGCCAUUUAUCCACGGACUCUGAGCUGUGAACUGAAAACUGUCAAUGUGACAACAAAGAAAAAAAAAAAAAAAAGGUUUGCUGACUCGACUCAAAGUGCCAGCUUUUUUUUUUCCAUAUCUAUCAAUUAAAGUCUCAUCAGUUUGAUUUUAAUACCAAGUCUGUUGUCUGACCAAACUGGUGUACUGCUUCUAUUUGAAGAUGGGUGUUUGUGUUAUUAGGUUAACAGUGCGUAUUAGACUGAAGUUGGUCAGUAGAACCAGAUGUCCAUGUGUCCCCAGACAAAGACGGUGAAAUGUACUUAAAUAGUUUGACACUUUGUUUGCUUUCUGGCCGGAGAUUUGUGCCACUGUUGAAUAUUCGGCUCCAGCCAGCAGCACUUUAGUUUAACACAAAGAUUGGAGACUGAGUGGGAGACAGUUUGACCGGCUCUGUUUGAAGUUUACUAACAAACACAUGUAUCUUCGUUUAAAAAAAAAAAAAGCAAAAGCAGGUUACAUAGGAACUCCAGUUCCGCUUGUUGGCUGGACACAAACCCUCCCUGAGAAUGGUCAAUAAGCAUCUUUUACACACUGUUUUUGUACAUGUUAAAUGAGCAGCAUGUUCAUUUGGGUGCUCUGGCGAUGCUGCAGAUGUUACUGCUACCGGUUCCCCUCCAUUUUCAUUCUUUGUGGUAAACUGAGCUUGCAGAAGCCGCCUUAAGUUACUUAACGGACAGAAAGAAAGCUUAUAUAUAUAUAUCGGUCCACUAGAAGAUAAAACGUAAAACCAAUCGAAUAAAAGCCACCCUGUUAUUUUUCAACUGUAUAACAGUGAGGAAGGAAAACACACCAUGUGUUACUGGGUGAAAGGGGGAUUGUGUUUAUUUCCGAUAACCAGGCAACCAUUCCCUCGCUCUCGUGUGUAUUCCAGCAGUAUUAGCAGCUGGAAUAGUAACACUUCUUUGUGCCUGUGCAGUCCACUCAUUAAUCAAAAAAGGUGCUUGACUUUUCUUUCUUUUUUUAAAAUUUGACACUGGUGUAUUUACCUGAAGUCUCCCCCGGUGUAUUCUCUUCACUAUACAACUGAUAGAGAGCUGUUGAAUCAACCUCUGUGCUCCUACAAAAUGUCGACAUCUGUUGCAUUUACAGUACUGCCUCGAGUACAACGAUCUGUGACUCCCGUCAACCAUCGGCGUGGUACGUUGUAUGUGUGGUGCCAUUCGUCACCAACCUACAUUUAACUGGGAAGCGCAGAUGGGAAAGCGUCGUCGCUGCUGCUGCACGAGUUCACGCAGUGUUAUGAUGCUCCAAUGUGCAUGACUCCAAAUUUAAAAUCUUCACAUGCAAACAAGGACUCCCCUACCACUUGAAUCGAUGUCACAUGAUCACCACCACAGCACAGUCACAAAACAACGCACUGUCCUUAGACUCUUCAGCAAACUGUUCUGACAUUUUGAUUUUAUUUAUUGUUUUUAUGUGUUAAGCCAGUGAAAGACCAGGGACUUGGUGCCAUGAUAAUUCUCUUACAGUGCUAUUGUGUGAAAUUAUAAUCACUUGUUAUGGAAUAAUUUUUAUAGUCUUUUUCACACCAGACCUUUUUUUUGUAUUUGUACAGUGGCUUGGUGAUACCGAUAUGUUGCCAUGAGUUAUUGUAACCAAUAAAAAGCUUCUAACCAAGAA